UCCUCGCACCCCCCAGCCCUCCUUGUUCACUCGACAGCCAGGCGAGCGAGUCGCCCGCCGCGCGCUUCGUCUCCCUGUUGUGUUGGACCUGGUGGUGUCUCAGCAAUAAGCACCGGGACAGCUAUGGCAGACAAGGUGAUCACCGUCAAGCUUCAAAGGGGUGAUGCCACCUCCUGGGGAUUUCGCCUGGCAGGUAAAGGAUUUGGAUACCCGCUCUCUCUGCAACGAGUGAAUCCUGGUAGCCUGGCAGAGAAGGCGGGACUGCAGACAGGAGACGCCCUCAUUCGCAUCCAGGGAAAGUCCACGGACGACCUCAGGCACAAGGAAGCCCAGGAUACCAUCGUCAGAGCCGGAAACUACCUCGAGCUCAGCGUGCAGAGAGGUGCUAGCAUGACAUGGAAGCCCCAGGUGACUCCCGUCGGUUCCUUGCCUAGGCCAGCUCCCCUGAGCAACGGCGAACCGGCUCCUGUGACUAAGACCUCACUCGCCGCCACCAAACAGCCAUACAAGCCAGUGGGAACCGGCCACAACACGGCAGCCAAGCCUUUCGGUGCCAAGGUCCCUGCCCUGGUGCACAACCCCUACAACUCUCCUGCACCCCUGUACUCCAUGAACAACAUCGCAAACGCAUUGGCUGCUCAAACGGAAGUUCUCACCACAGGAGCCGUCGGAAUCAACUUCAUGAAAGACGACAAGCCGCUGAACAAGGAUUCCGCCGUACUGCGCAUGGUCCAGGAACAAGACAAGCGCCCCCAAGAUCCCAGCAUGCAGUCGCCUGGAGUGCAGAACGUUCAUGCCCCGCUCACCGUGAACACGACGCCAGAGCCCACUAGAAUGGUCAACCUACGCCAUGUCGAAGCCCCCAAGACGUCCGAUGCUCCACCAAACACCUCAGUGGGAGCCCCCAACACAUGUGCUGAAUGUGGAAGGCUCAUCGUGGGUGUCUUCGUGCGCAUCAAGGACCGUCCUCUGCACGCCGAAUGCUUCCGUUGCGCCACGUGCGGCACAUCGCUAAAGAACGUUGGAUACUUCAACGUGAACGAGAAGCUGUAUUGUGACGUCCACGCCAAGGCAGCUGCUCGCGCUCAUCACCAAGAGGCUGUGCCUGUGGCCGUUUCACCAGGAAGCCAGGCGCCUCGACCAGCGCUGAAACCUUUCUCGAGCCAGACACCGCUCUCACAGCCAAGCGCGUACUCGCCGGUACCCAAGCCCUUGACGCCUCAGUUCUCUCCUGGACAGUACUCACCUGCACCACAGUACUCGCCUGCACCGCCCGCACCCCAAAUGGCAGCCAGUCUGUACGGGGCUGCACCACCCGCAUCGCAGCCGUCGGAUGCUGAUGAGUCUGGCGUUGUGACGGACUCUCUCGUUGCACUGGGUCCGACGACCAAGUACCCGCUGGGACCGACGACCGCUAAACCCGCUGCACCACAGAGUUCACCGUGGGCAAGAACACACCCCCAUACAGCCCCUCCGGCUGAUGUCCAUAGCCCAGCUCCAGGAAGUGCCAAGUUCACAUGGCCGCCGCCUCAGCCCGGAGGCCCUUCACCCACAACCGCGGGGGCGCCACCACCCUUCGAGUCCGCGUAUCGCCCACCGCCUCAGCAGGCACCACAGACCAAAACACCUUCUUGCGCUCCUUCUGCCUCUCCUUUCUUGCUUGGGGCGAGCCCCUCUUUUCGCCCUUUCGCUGCUCCUCAUAGCGAGCCCCCGCUUCAGCAGAAACCUGCCUCAAUGACUCCAAGUCACGGCGGCACGACUCCGAGUCACGGGGGCAUGACUCCGAGUCAUGGGGGCAUGACUCCGAGUCACGGGGGCAUGACUCCGAGUCACGGGGGCAUGACUCCGAGUCACGGGGGCAGGACUCCAAGUCACGGGGGCAUGACUCCAAGUCACGGGGGCAUGACUCCAAGUCACGGGGGCAUGACUCCAAGCUAUGGGGGCAUGACUCCAGUGGGAUCAUUGGGCGGACCUCCUCUGACCGGUGCUACUUCUGGUAUAACAGGCACCCGCCCUGCGCCUCGGAGGGGUCGAGGACAGCUGACGCAACCAGUUGGAACGGGCCUCAAGAUAGCAAUCUGCGCGAGCUGUGGAUCUCCUAUUAGAGGACCUUUCCUCCAAGCUCUGGGGAAAACAUGGUGCCCCGAACACUUCCUCUGCUCUAACCGCACGUGUCAACGUUCUCUACAAGAGAUUGGCUUUGUCGAGGAACACGGGAAGCUGUACUGUGAGACCUGCUACGAGAACUACCUCGCACCUAUCUGCAGGAAGUGCCAACACAGAAUCAAAGGUGACUGUUUGAAUGCGUUGGAGCAGACCUGGCACCCCGAGUGUUUCGUGUGUGCCUACUGCAAGACUCCUUUCGGCAACAGUUCCUUCUAUAUGGAGGAUGGGCAACCUUACUGCGAGAAAGACUGGAACGAAAUGUUCACGUCAAAGUGCGUUGGCUGUGGCUUCCCCAUUGAGGCUGGAGAUCGCUGGGUGGAAGCCCUUAGCAAUAACUACCACUCGAAGUGCUUCAAGUGCACGAUUUGUCACAACAACUUGGAAGGCAAGAGCUUCUAUGCCAAGGGAGGACAACCCAUUUGCAAGGCGCACGCGCGUUAAGCGUUAUAUUAUUUUAUUUUCGGAUCUAUGUUGAAGAGUUGUUUUUUUUUGUGCUAAUUUCCUAUAGCGAGAGAUAUCCCGGUGAAGUUAUUUAAUAACAUUUGCCCCUUGUGCCUUGUUCCGCUCGUGUUUUAGAACAAUACGAAAAAAGCAAUGCUAGACUGGUUACGUCAUGCUAUAUUAACAGACUUUGACGAUGGACACGUUCUGGUCAAGCUGUUCUGUCACAUGAUACCGUUAGUGUCACCUUAAACGCUUUUUCAUACUUUACAGUGUGCAUAUGUAUUGAUAUAUUGUGGACCCUGCGGUAACUGUGCCGGGUCAAACCAGUAAAACAACCUCAAUUGUAGCGCCACAAGAAACACAUCAACAACACGAAUGAUGUGGCGGCGGUGUCUUAAGGGAGGACAAUUCCAGUGCGGUCCUGUUGGAUCCCAGGCUUUUGCACUCCGAUUUUACAGAUUUCAAUGCGCUUUGUUUUAACUCACAUCCCAUUGCAUACGUAUGGAGAGGUUUUGAGAGUGUGCUGUUCAUUGAAUUGAUGCCCUUAUGAAUAAUCCUUUAUCCAUUGCAAAAAAUAGCUUCGCCUUUUAGGCUAUCGAACACCUUACAUCACAUCUUCCUUCUGCUUCUUGUUCAUUCUAUUGUUAGAAAUUCUCUCUAGUGUCAAUACCUAUAGGAUGAACGGGCUGUAAGAUGAUGCUACCUACUGCUUAAUACAGAAUAUAUAGGGAAGAAACCGGUCUUCGUUGUCGCGCGCAACCUUAGAGUAGGGCUCAUUUUUUCCCCUUUGGGGCGUCUUCUUUCGGCAAUUCUUGCGUCCCAAUUGUGACCCUAUUUGAGUCCCUAUUAGUAAUGCAGUUUCUGCGUCACAAAGACGUUUCUCGAGGAGGCCCUUCUCUUUGUUUUUAAUAACCCAAUCGCCUGUGCCACGCAAUACUAUUACACAAAUAGCACAACUGCUGACAUACCCAAGGAAAAUCAACAAAGGGCGUCUUUUCGUCUUGUGUUUCCGUGGGCAGCGCUGCUUCUAUGCAAUUUACCGUAGUGCACCAACGAGGCCCUUCUAGAGUACUGCUGUCUUCUGCCGGUCUUCGAAGGUUCCGCGUUAUUUAUGUUUCAUUUGAUGCAGGAAAGCUGGGUCUGUGGAGCAGUGGCGGAUUCAGAAGGGGUGGGGGAGUAUCAGGUUAAACUUUUGGUUCCCCUCCCCCGCUACGCACUUCGACAAAGAACCCCCCCCCCCCCCCAAGGCCCAACGGGGUGGUCUGGAUCCGUCCCUCCUGUGGAGGGCCCUAGCAGAUUUGAGUGUUUGGUCAGCAUGCCAUUAGUAAACUCUGCAUGAACGCUACCCCAGUAUUUGCUAGUCGGUAUUUUCCCACUGUCUCAUGUACUAUGUUGUUGUUGUUGUUGCUCUAAGAUAUGUGCCAUAUGAUGACUGCAGUCAGCGUCUUUAUGUAACAGAUUACGUAAAUAAAAAAGUUCAUCCGCG